CCCGGGGAAUCCCUUCUCGUUCCCGUCGUGACGUCAGCGCGCUCUGCGUCACGUCCGGCGGCGCACCCGGAAGUGGCGUGGGCCGGUUGCCAUGGGGCGGCCCGGGAGGAGCAGAGCCGGGAUGGCUCAGGGCAGGUGGGAUGUUCCUGGUCCCUCCGAGGUCACCGGCUGAGGCUCCCCAGCUCCUGUGCUGCCCCGCUCCCACAAUGGGCAGGCUCAGCAUCUCCUGCCUGCUGCCGGCCUCGUGGCACUUCAGCCUGUCGCCCGUGGGGUGUCCCCGGGUGCUGAACGCGUCCCUGCGGCAGCUGCUGCUGCUCGGGGCGGCCGCGGCCGCGGCGGCGCUGCUGCUCUGCUCCCUGCUGCUGGUGCGAGGCAAGCACCGCGCCCGGGAGGGGAAACUCCACAGGUACCUGGCCAGGGUGACGGACACGGAGGCCACGGACACCGGGAACCCCAACCUGAGCUACGGCAUCGUGGUGGACUGCGGCAGCAGCGGCUCCAGGGUGUUCGUGUACUGCUGGCCCCGGCACAACGGCAACCCCAAGGACCUGCUGGACAUCCAGCAGAUGAGGGACAGCUCCAGGAAACCCGUGGUGAUGAAAAUCAAACCAGGAAUUUCUGAGUUUGCCAGCACUCCUGACAAGGUCAGUGAUUACAUCUCACCCCUGCUGAGCUUCGCCGCCGAGCACGUGCCGCGCUCCAAGCACAAGGAGACUCCUCUCUACAUCCUGUGCACUGCAGGCAUGAGGAUCCUGCCCGAGAGCCAGCAGAAGGCCAUCCUGGAGGAUCUGCUCACGGACAUCCCCGUGCACUUCGAUUUCCUCUUCUCUGACUCGCACGCCGAGGUGAUUUCUGGGAAGCAGGAAGGAGUCUAUGCAUGGAUUGGGAUCAACUUUGUCCUUGGAAGAUUUGAGCACACGGACGAUGAGGAUGAAGCCGUGGUGGAGGUGCAGGUCCCUGGCAGCGAGCACCACGAUCCCAUUUUCCGCAAGAGAACCGUGGGCAUCCUGGACAUGGGCGGGGUCUCCACGCAGAUCGCCUACGAAGUGCCCCAAAGUGUAAGCCUUGCCUCCCCUCACCAGGAGGAGGUGGCCAAGAGCCUGCUGGCAGAGGUGAACCUGGGCUGCGAUGCCCACCAGACGGAGCACGUGUACCGCGUGUACGUGGCCACCUUCCUGGGCUUCGGCGGCAACGCGGCGCGGGCGAGGUACGAGGAGAGCCUGCUCGCCAGCAGCCUCCUCGGGAACAGGCAGGCCGGGCUCAGCCCGCAGGCCCCUCUCCCUGACCCGUGCCUGCCGCGGGACGCGCAGGACGAGCUGCGGCACCGGGGGCUGACGCUGCACCUGCGCGGCACCGGCGACUUCCAGCUGUGCCGGGAGCGGCUGCAGCCGCUGCUGAACCGCACCAACGGCACCCGCGGCUCCCUGAACGGCGUCUUCCAGCCGCCCGUGCACCUGCAGAGCAGCGAGUUCUACGGCUUCUCCGAGUUCUACUACUGCACCGAGGACGUGCUGCGCAUGGGCGGCGACUACAGCGCCGCCAGGUUCGCCAGGGCUGCGCAGGAUUACUGUGCCACCCGGUGGUCGGUGCUGCGGGAACGCUUCGAGCGCGGCCUCUACGCCCCCCACGCGGACCUGCACCGCCUCAAGUUCCAGUGCUUUAAGUCCGCCUGGAUGUUCGAGGUUUUCCACCGGGGCUUCUCCUUCCCGGAGAGCUACGGGAGCCUGAAGACGGCGCUGCAGGUCUACGACAAGGAGGUGCAGUGGACCCUGGGGGCCAUCCUCUACCGGACCCGCUUCCUGCCCCUCAGGGACAUCCAGCAGGAGAAUUUCCGUGGGAUUCACUCCCACUGGAGGAGCUUCUCCUUUGUGUACAACCACUACCUGUUCCUGGCCUGCUUCCUGGUGGUGCUGCUCUCCAUCCUGCUCUACCUGCUCCGCCUGCGCCGCAUCCACCGCCGGCUGCUGCCCAGCGGCUCCUCCCCUCCCCUCUGGCUGCAGGAGGGGCUCCCCCCGCAGAAAAUCCCGGGCUAGGCUCCAGGGUGGAGGAUCCAUCCACACACACACACAGAAAAAAGCCAUUUUUGCCUCAGGGUUCCUCCUUUUUUUGCCCCUUUUGGAGAAGCGGAGUUGGGGUGGUGAGGGAAAAAUGCCAAAAAAAAAAAAAAAAAAAGACUUUGCUGGGAAUGUUGCACUUGGGGGUGUGCAGGAGAGGAUGGGAUGAGUUCCCACCUUUGGGAGAGGCUGAAAUCCCACAAGGAGCUUGGAUUUUCCUUGCUGGAUUCCGGCAUUGCCAUCCCUGCUCUCACUUUGGAGUCUCAAAGAAUGGGAAGUUCCAAAAGCAGGGAUAAAAAACAACAAAAAACCAACAAAAACCACCCCCUUUUAGGACAUUUUAGGUGAUUUUCCCUUCUGGAAUCACUCCUGGGAUGGAGAAGGAAAAUCCCUCACAUCCAAUGCUGUGCUUCCAUAAAAAACUGCUUCCAUCACUUCUGCUCCCUCCUUUUUUCCUUGGAAAGAGAAAAGGAUUUCCUCCCUUUUCACCCUCCCAGUGGCACCAGUCGCUGCUUUUAAUCCCAAAUUUCUGUUCCAUGAUCAUGGAGAGACCUCCCAGAAACUCCAGGAAUGUGAAGAGAACUGGAAGAGCAGAGGAGAACGUGCACAGGGUCUUUCCAAGUCCUCUGGUAAUUUAUAUUUUAUUUAAAACUGUUGAUUUUACUUGAAAGUCAGUUUGUCCAUGAUUAAAAGUGGGAUUUCUAUGAA